GUCAUUAAGUGUUGCAGUCAUAAAUCAUGUGACUAUUGCUUAGCAAUGGCAAUCUGGGCAGUUCCCAUUGCUGUUGUUAACUGAAUCCCAUCAGUUGUUACCUGAAGAUCAACCCUGAUCUGAACUGUUCCAGGCUUGGUCCUCCCAGACCCAAACCUCCAUUUCCCAAGCCAAGCUAUUGUUGGAGUACAUUGUGUGAAGUUUGUCCCAUCUCAGUGAUUUAGGACAGUAGAGCUUCACUUUGCAUCUAAACUUGGAGACUCCACUAAAUACUGGAAAAACAUUGUAGAAAAAAAGCUGAAAACCAGGAAAUAUGGAUCGACUUCUACGACUUGGAGGAGGAAUGCCUGGUCUAGGACAGGGACCUCCUACAGAUGCACCUGCAGUUGACACAGCUGAGCAAGUUUAUAUUUCUUCACUUGCACUUCUAAAGAUGUUGAAGCAUGGUCGAGCUGGUGUUCCCAUGGAAGUUAUGGGACUCAUGCUUGGAGAAUUUGUUGAUGACUACACUGUCAGAGUGAUUGAUGUGUUUGCUAUGCCACAGUCAGGAACGGGAGUCAGUGUGGAGGCAGUUGAUCCUGUGUUUCAAGCCAAAAUGUUGGAUAUGUUAAAACAGACUGGAAGACCUGAGAUGGUUGUUGGCUGGUAUCACAGUCAUCCUGGUUUUGGCUGUUGGUUGUCUGGUGUGGAUAUCAAUACUCAACAGAGUUUUGAGGCCCUUUCAGAAAGAGCUGUGGCAGUAGUAGUGGAUCCCAUUCAGAGUGUGAAAGGAAAGGUUGUUAUCGAUGCCUUCAGAUUAAUCAAUGCUAAUAUGAUGGUCUUAGGACAUGAACCAAGACAAACAACUUCAAAUCUGGGUCACUUAAACAAGCCAUCUAUCCAGGCUUUAAUCCAUGGGUUGAACAGACAUUACUAUUCCAUUACUAUCAACUACAGAAAGAAUGAAUUAGAACAGAAGAUGUUACUGAAUUUACAUAAGAAAAGUUGGAUGGAAGGUUUAACUCUUCAAGACUACAGCGAGCACUGUAAACUCAAUGAAACUGUGGUAAAGGAAAUGCUGGAACUAGCAAAGAACUAUAACAAGGCUGUGGAAGAAGAGGAUAAAAUGACACCUGAACAGCUGGCAAUAAAAAAUGUUGGCAAGCAGGAUCCUAAACGUCAUUUAGAAGAACACGUGGAUGUGCUGAUGACUUGCAACAUUGUCCAGUGUUUAGCAGCAAUGUUGGAUACUGUUGUAUUUAAAUAAUGACUUACUCAUAAAUGUUAUUUGCUGACUAUUAUCAUCCAUUGUUUAAAGGACUGAGGCUAAGAUAUAUUUGGAUGUCAGAGACAUCUGGCAUCAUUUGCAGUUUAAGAGCAUCACUCUUAACACCUUUUCAUCUAUGUUGUGCAAUUACUUUGGCUAUUUUUUUAAUGCAAGAUCUCUGCAGAUGCUAAAACAAUUCAAGAACCAGGUUAAAAAGUGUAUUUUCAUUUUGAUUUUUGAAGAUAAUUGGCAGCACAUAUAUAUAUUCUUUAUUGCUAUGUGGCUUUUUAAAAAGUCUGUUAAACUCCUUAGUAUUUUGCUGACAUUGUAACUGAGAAAGAAUCAAUUAUUGACAAUACUGUACAAAAUUCAACAAGGAGACAGAUGCCUUUCUAUAAAGACUUGUGCCAUGGACACAUUUUUUUUCCAAAAACUUACUCAGAUUACAGAUCCCUUUUAUAUGAAUCACGGUUAAGUCCCACAGUAUUUUUACCAGCUUGGACUCAACCUUGCAAUACAAGAAAGAAAACAGAAACGCUCACAGACAAAUGCAAAGCACUUCCCAUUAUUAACUAUAGUGUUUCUAAAAGCCCCUGGAUUAAGGCAUUUAAGUCAGAGGGAUGUGCCUUCAGGAAGGCCUGAACCUAUUUCUGCUGCAUUCACCACAAGGAAGGUAGAGUUGCAUAAGGUUUUAAAGAUAAUUUGAGACUAUUUGGCUCUGACCUGACAAAAUAAUAACUGCUGAUAGUAGUAAUAGCUAACAUUAAUUUGAUGAUAUUUGAACAAUAUUUGUAGAUAAGAAGCAAUGAGACACGUGCUAUUAAUCUUGCCAAAAUGCCAAUGAAAACCUGAUCAUAAAUUUUGUUGAAUCUUUCGUCUAAUGACAUUUCUGUAACUUCCACAUCUGCUUUGUCAAACACAAAACUCAGUAGGCUUCCCCAAAAGUACAAUUUUCUGUACCCAUCCCCAACUUUCCUCCCUUCAUAUAGCUAUAAAUGGUUCUACAGUGUAUGAACAAAACACAGAAGAUAAUAAAAGCUUGGAACCAACACCUGAAAAGUUACAACAAAUCUGUUACAGACAAGGUCAUCAAAAUAUGGAUAUUCUUUGUCAACAUACUCUGUAAAUACCAUUGAAGUGCAUACUAAAACAUCAAAUUACAAUAUAUUUUGGGGUUUUUUUUUCUUUUUAACCAAAAAAAAGACACUUUUGAAAGAAAGCUGCGGGGGCUUUCCAACAUUAUGUACACAACUAAAGUAUAAGGAAAAAAUAUUGAUUGCUUUAUGAGAUACUGUUAUGGGAACCAAUUUUUAAUUUGUAAAUGAAGUACAAAUUUAUAAAGGAAUAAAGGAAUACAAAUUG